AUUUAUAAAGCAGUUGCAGAGGGAGAGAUUCUCUUUCUCAUUCAUGGUACUAAACUCAGAACACCAAGACCAAAAGUCUUGGUCAAAUCCACUAUCUCUUUAAAACUCUGCUAACUUUCCCUCCUUUUUGUUUCUCUAAAAACGCAAUCCAUUUCUCUCUAUCUUCCUUCGUUUAUAGAAGAAAGAGGAUAUACAAAAGUUCAUUGCUUUGUUGAAGUCCUGAUAAUGUGGGACAAAAACAUGUGGUCAAGGGUCAACAUGUUCAUGUUAUGGCUAUUGUUUUCUGCUUGGGUUUUUUCAGUUUCAGCCACUGUUUCCUAUGAUAGCAAAGCUAUUAUCAUUAAUGGCAGGAGAAGGAUUCUUCUUUCUGGUUCUAUUCAUUACCCCAGAAGCACACCUGAGAUGUGGCCUGAUCUUAUAGCAAAGGCCAAAGAAGGAGGCUUAGAUGUUAUACAAACUUACGUUUUCUGGAAUGGACAUGAGCCUUCUCCUGGAAAAUAUUAUUUUGAGGAUAAUUAUGAUCUGGUUCGAUUUAUUAAGCUGGUGCAACAAGCUGGCCUUUAUGUUCAUCUCCGGAUUGGUCCCUAUAUUUGUGCUGAAUGGAACUUUGGGGGAUUUCCUGUUUGGCUCAAAUAUGUCCCCGGCAUUGCUUUCAGGACAGACAAUGGACCUUUCAAGGCUGCAAUGCAAAAAUUCACGGAGAAGAUAGUCAGUAUGAUGAAAGCAGAAAAACUCUUUGAGACUCAAGGAGGUCCAAUAAUUAUGUCUCAGAUUGAGAAUGAAUUUGGUCCUGUUGAAUGGGAAAUUGGUGCUCCUGGUAAAGCUUACACCAAAUGGGCUGCACAAAUGGCAGUGGGACUUGGGACUGGAGUCCCAUGGAUUAUGUGCAAGCAAGAUGAUGCUCCUGACCCUUUGAUAAACACCUGCAAUGGAUUCUACUGCGAAAAUUUUACUCCCAAUGCAAAAUAUAAACCAAAGAUGUGGACAGAAAACUGGACAGGCUGGUAUACGGAGUUUGGUGGUGCAGUUCCUACUAGGCCUGCAGAAGACAUAGCAUUUUCAGUUGCAAGAUUCAUACAAAAUGGCGGUUCAUUUGUGAAUUAUUAUAUGUACCAUGGAGGAACCAAUUUUGGGCGGACAGCCGGUGGUCCCUUCAUUGCUACUAGCUAUGAUUAUGAUGCUCCUAUCGAUGAAUAUGGGCUUCCAAGAGAACCAAAAUGGGGACAUCUAAGAGAUUUGCAUAAAGCUAUCAAAUUAAGUGAAUCAGCUUUAGUUUCUGCAGAUCCUACAGUGACAUCACUUGGAAGUAAUCAGGAGGCCCAUGUAUUCAAGUCAAAGUCUGGUGCAUGUUCUGCAUUCCUUGCAAACUAUGACACAAAAUACUCUGUAAAAGUAACUUUUCGAAAUGUGCAAUAUGACUUACCACGUUGGUCCAUCAGCAUCCUUCCUGACUGUAGAACUGCUGUUUUCAACACUGCCAGGCUCGGUGCCCAGAGCUCACAGAAGAAGAUGGUACCUAUAAACGGCGCAUUUUCUUGGUUAUCAUACAAUGAAGAAAGCCCCUCUGCCGAUGAUCAGGAUGCAACUGUAAAUGAUGGGCUCUGGGAACAGAUAUAUGUCACUAGAGAUGCUUCAGAUUAUUUGUGGUACAUGACAGAUGUAAAAAUAGAUCCUAACGAAGGAUUUUUGAAGAGUGGACAAGAUCUUCUUCUCUCAAUUUGGUCAGCAGGUCAUGCUUUGCAUGUUUUCAUUAAUGGUCAACUAUCAGGGACUGUGUAUGGGGUCUUAGAAAAUCCAAAAUUAACAUUCAGCAACAAUGUUAAGCUGAGAGCUGGGAUUAACAAGAUAUCUUUAUUAAGCGUUGCAGUGGGACUCCCGAAUGUUGGCGUUCAUUUUGAGACCUGGAAUGCUGGGGUUUUAGGCCCGGUAACAUUGACGGGUCUCAAUGAAGGGACAAGAGACUUAUCUAAGCAGAAAUGGUCUUACAAGAUUGGUCUCAAAGGGGAAGCCUUAAACCUUCACACUAUUACUGGAAGCCCCUCUGUUGAAUGGGUUGAAGGAUCACUAUUGAUAAAGAAGCAACCUAUAACUUGGUACAAGACAACUUUUAAUGCGCCGGGAGGCAAUGAACCAUUAGCUUUAGAUAUGAGUAGCAUGGGAAAAGGGCAAAUAUGGAUUAAUGGCCGGAGCAUUGGACGCCACUGGCCAGGAUAUAUAGCCCGUACUGGUUGUGCUGCUUGUGAUUAUGCUGGAACUUAUAGUGACAAGAAAUGCCGAACCAACUGUGGCGAGCCAUCUCAAAGAUGGUACCACGUUCCACGUUCAUGGCUGAAGCGAAGUGGAAAUCUUUUGAUUGUCUUAGAAGAAUGGGGUGGUGAUCCAUCUGGAAUUGCUUUGGUCAAAAGAACAACUGAAAGUGUUUGUGCUGAUAUUUUUGAAGGGCAGCCAGCAAUGAAGAAUUGGGGAAUGCUAGCCUCUGGCAAAAUCAAUAGACCAAAAGCUCAUUUGUGGUGUCCUUCUGGGCAGAAAAUUUCUGAAAUAAAGUUUGCUAGUUAUGGAAUGCCAGAGGGGACUUGUGGAAGCUUUCGUGAGGGAAGCUGUCAUGCCCACAAGUCAUACGAUGCGUUUCAAAAGAAUUGCAUUGGAAAACAAUCAUGUUCAGUAACUGUGGCUCCUGAACUUUUCGGAGGAGAUCCAUGUCCAGAUAGCAUGAAGAAGCUCUCAGUUGAAGCUGCCUGCAACUGAAGUCUAAAGAGAUAUAUUGGUGAUAAACCAAAAAAAUGAAGUCCAGACUAGUUCAUAUUCACUAUAUCAUAUUUCCUCAUGGUCUCUGCUAGUUUUAAAGGUAGUUCAUUCAAGCUCACACAUCCCAUACUGCAAAGAUGAUAUGGAUUUGACUCUGCUACAUGGCAAUAAAGUUUGAACAGAGUGAACACAGCACACUCUGCUUGGCCAAUGCCAAACAUUGGUUGUGAAGUGGUUGAAAAGAUGCUUUAUAUACAUAGAAUAGAGAAGCUACCAUUUUUCUGACACAACGUUAUACAUCAAUCUUAGGAUCAGUUUGCAGGAAUCAACUUAUGCCUCUAAGUCUCUAAGAGGAAAGUAAUUUCAUUGCUUCUAUUUGUAAAAAUAAAUGGGAAAGUAAUAAAUUCAAGCAUUUUCAAUAGCAUCUUGAGUUACUGUCUCAUAUUCUGUUAUUCGUUAUUGAUCUAUUAACUUGACUCAAUGACAUUUAAGAGGAUUACACAUCACACAAUAAAAAACAUACAAAAUUUACAUGCCAAAAAGG